UUUUUCUAUUUUUAUAACAAGGGAAACUGUCAAAUCGCUGCAGAAAAUCGUUUUGCAGCACUGAAAUUUUCUUUCCGACCUAGAAUGUCAAUGAAACAAUAGUAGAAUAAAGAUAUUUCUGCUUGAAAGUGUAUUAACAAGUUGUGUGAUUUUUUUAAAUAUCUUAUUAAAUUAAUUAUAUUGUUUUAUAUAUGUAAAAAUCUGAAAAUAUGUCUGAUAAUGGACGUAGUGGUACUGGCAACGCAACUGGGGAUGAUGGCAGGAAUCCAGACGAUCCCAGUAGUUCAAUGCCGAGCAGUAAUCCCGAAACUUCCACUCCUUUAAUAUCUAAACGCCUAUUGUCUCGUUUUCAUCCUUAUCAUGGAGCAAACAUAAUUCUUUGUGAUGAUAAUACGGUUGCAUACCGUAAAACUAGCUUUGCAGAUGCACUUAUAUUUUCCGAGAAGCCGCUGCAACCGGGCGAAAUUUUUUUAGUUGAAAUCGAGAAAAAUGAACAUGGUUGGUCAGGUCAUAUGCGAUUGGGACUGACGCAGUUAGCACCAGAUUCCAUUGGCACAAGAGGCAACGGUUUACCGCAAUUUGCACUUCCAGAUUUAGCAAAUAUGGGUACUAGUUGGAUAUAUCCAAUAUCCAAAUUCGAAUCCGUUCCCAAUGAUACUCUUAAUAUUUAUCCACUCAGUUUUGGCCAAUGCUACAAUUUACUACACCAAAUACCAAACAAGACGGAUGCAAUGAGAAAUAAAAUUCUUGGUGAAUCUAUAUAUGUGCGUACCCCGCGGGGAAUGGUUUUAAAAAGUUUACUUCGACCGGCUGAUGCUAAUUCCGGUAUUUUGUUAACGGAUAGAGGUUCGCGUAUUGGUGUUGUGUUUGUGCCGACUCAACAGGAUAAAAAUAAAGCAGAAAUGCAUUUCAUAAUAAAUGGUGUAGAUCAAGGGCCCUGUACACGAGACAUACCAAUGGACAAAUCUCCAUUACACGUUGUCCUGGAUGUUUAUGGCACAACAAAACAAAUUCGUAUUAUACAACUUUAUGGCAUUGUGUCCUUGCAAAAUGCGUGCCGUGAUGCUAUUCUCAUGCGUACAAGAGCACAAGAUGUUGGAUCGUUACCACUACCUGAUCGCUUAAAGCAAUUUUUGCUUCGAAAUGAUUAAACAAAAAAUGUCUUUGUCCAGUACAUAAAAUUAGAAAUAAGAAAUUAUGAUGUGAUUUACUGUUGCACUGAAAUUGGAUAUUAAUUUAUGAGUUUGAGUGUAGCAUUAAGAAGGCGUAACAUAUAUAAAUUAUGAGUACGAUAGAAAAAUUAAUAUAAAAAUAUAUUCAACUUUUACUUAAUACAAUAAGUAAAGUUGCAGCAUAGAUAAUUUUAAAUAUCAUU